AUGCCGGCACAGAAGCCACCGCCCGAGGCGUCCGACAGAAAAGGCGCCACGCACACCCGGGAAGACUGGCGGUCGCUUGCGGACGAAGGUGCAAAUGUAAACAACGCCAUGUACUACUCCUCGAUAGAAGUCAACAUGACCGUGCUUUCUGAAGAGAUCCAAAAGCUUACCGUGCGAAUGACGGAGAUGGAACGCAAUGAUUUUAGAGGACCCAAAGGGCCAGCAAGCCUCGGGCUCCCCGGCCCCCCCGGGCCUCCUGGACCUCCGGGAGCGAAAGGACCCCAAGGGCCGGCUACUCGUGGCCCCCCUGGGGAAAGAGGGCCCAUGGGCCCAGCUGGUGCAAAGGGAGAACUUGGGCCAGCUUGUCCUGCCCUUGGGUGUGCCGGACCUCCAGGGAUGACGGACGCGCAGAAGGAAGUAUCCUGCCCCGAUGAUUACUCGGAUGGAGGGAAUGGGAUCUGCUACAAGCUGUUCCAAUCCAGUGUGACCUUCAGCGAAGCGGCUGAAACCUGCAGACGGUCCGGCGGCACCCUGGCCAUGCCCCGAGACGCUGCAUCCUACCACGCCCUGCAGAAUCCCCCAUUCUGGCGUGUACUGACAGCUGAGGGCAUCAAUAUCUACAAACACUGGAUCGGCCUUGGCGAUCAGCGCAGCGAGAGGCGCUAUGAGUGGAUGGACGGAGCUCCUAUGGGGAGCGGUCCGUGGAGCCCUGGGGAGCCGAAUGAUAAAAGCGGUGAUGAAGAUUGUGUCGAAUCUGAAGUGACACUUGGAUCGACCAACUGGGCUUCUUUGAACGACGUACCAUGCUCCAAACGCCGACCCUUCAUAUGCCAGUUCAUCCCAGGACCUACCAAGCCGACUGGCUGA